ACUGUGUGUCAUACUUACUUCUGUUCGUUAUUAAAACCCUACAUCUGCCUUCGUUUUUUAGAAGAAAACAAAAAUAUGUGUGCAUAUAUGACAUAUUUCUCUCCCACGGGCUUGUUCUCAACGGACAAGACUGGAACCAGGAUUUCAUGCCUCUACUAUCGUCUCCGCUGCAUGAAGCUAGAACGUUGCGCUCUGGGACGACCUUUCUCCCGUCUCAAUCCACUGAGCUCCAGAGGGGGACGGCGGCUGGUUGGAGACAGACGUCCACCUGCAGACGGUGUCCACCAGGGGUCUCAGUUCACUGGAGCCCAUCAGAUUGUAACCUCCACAGACGCGUCCUGUGACUUCUCUCGAUGUGUGUGAUGAGUUGUGUGAUUUGAAUUUGGUUGGUCGGUUCUUUUUUAGAGAAGACCAUAGAUAAAAAUGUAUUUAAUAAAACUCAAGGAAAUGUACUCUAUUUAAUCCAGUUUAUUGUGUUGAUUCCUGAAUAAACUGUUUAUCUAACUGCCUGUUUCAGAGCACCGGAAAGGCCUUUUAUUGCCAUGCGACUGAGCGCUUUCAGGAUAAUUGGGUCAAAGUUUCAUACACAAGGGAGGCCUUCUAAUGACCAAUGCCCACACAAAGCCUGCCAAGUAGGCUGAACGAAAGAAAAACAAAACUAUUGUUGACCACCCGAGGAAUUCUCUCGGGAUUGAAGCACAGAGGAUGUGUGGUUAUUUCUGUGCAGAGACGUACUGGCGCCGCUGCGAGCAUCUCUGGACAUUUUACAUAUUUGCUUCCUGUCCAGAUUUCGGAGAUGGAAUUACGGAGGCUGCGUACUCAAGGAGGUCACUGUAUGGACUGUACCCGUAUAAGUACAGCAUGAUGGGCAUGGAGAACCUGGGCGAUCCAUCAGCUAACUGGGAUAUAGUUGAGACCAUUGGUAAAGGAACAUAUGGGAAAGUCUACAGAGUGACCAACAAGACGGACGGGAGUCAGGCGGCAGUAAAAGUCCUGGACCCGAUCAAUGAUGUGGACGAGGAAAUUGAGGCUGAAUACAACAUCUUGAGGUCCCUAUCCAACCACCCUAACGUGGUGAAGUUUUUCGGCAUGUUCUACAAGUCUGACAAGUUAUCAGGUGGACAACUCUGGCUGGUGCUUGAGCUGUGCAACGGCGGCUCUGUCACAGAGCUCAUCAAAGGCCUGCUCGUGCGAGGCCAGCGUCUGCUGGAGCCGGUUAUCUCGUACAUCUUGUGCAGUGCCCUGUUGGGUCUUCAGCAUUUGCACAACAACCGAAUUAUCCACCGUGACGUCAAAGGCAACAACAUCCUCCUGACAACCGAGGGAGGAGUCAAACUGGUUGACUUUGGUGUUUCUGCUCAACUGACCAGUGCACGACUGCGGAGGAACACAUCAGUCGGGACUCCGUUUUGGAUGGCGCCUGAGGUCAUCGCCUGUGAACAGCAGUACGACUACUCCUACGAUGCCCGCUGUGAUGUGUGGUCGCUCGGCAUUACAGCCAUCGAGCUGGCAGAUGGAGACCCGCCGCUGGCUGAGUUGCAUCCGGUUAAAGCCCUCUUCAAAAUCCCCCGAAAUCCUUCCCCUACGUUAAGAAAUCCAGAGCAGUGGUGCAGAAGUUUUUGCCAUUUCAUCGGCCAGUGUCUGAUUAAGGAUUUUGAAGCACGUCCGUCUGUGACCCACCUCCUGGAGCAUCCCUUCAUCAAGCAGGCCCACGGCAAGGACGUGGCACUACCGCAGCAGUUAGCUGCUCUCAUCCAGGAGCAGCAAGACCUGGGCUGCAAAACCAAGACCAAGCACGAGCGGAUCAAUACCCGUAAAACCCUGAUAAUAGAGAGCUCGCCCGAUGAUGAUCUGGUAAACUUGGAGUUCCUAGAUGAGGAGAUAAUAAUCAGCCAUCUCCAGAAGAGAUAUGACGAGCUGCAGGUGUACACUUAUGUUGGUGACAUCCUCAUUGCUCUCAAUCCUUUCCAGAAUCUCAGCAUCUACUCUCCCCAGUUCUCUAAGCUGUACCACGGUGUGAAGCGGGCCGAUAACCCUCCACACAUCUUCGCUACGGCAGAUGCAGCCUAUCGAGGCAUGGUGACGUUCUGCAAAGACCAGUGCAUCAUAAUCAGUGGGGAGAGCGGUGCCGGGAAAACGGAGAGCGCUCAUUUGAUCGUCCAGCACCUCACCUUCUUGGGAAAGGCGAACAAUCGGACGCUGCGUGAGAAGAUCCUGCAGGUGAACCCCCUCGUAGAGGCCUUCGGAAACGCCUGCACGGCAAUAAAUGACAACUCCAGCCGCUUCGGCAAAUACCUGGAGAUGAAGUUCACACCCACCGGAGCGGUUAUCGGGGCCAAGAUUUCAGAGUACCUGCUGGAGAAGUCGAGGGUCAUUAAACAGGCUACGGGGGAGAAAAAUUUCCACAUAUUUUAUUAUAUAUAUGCGGGGCUUUAUCACCAAGACAAGCUGAGGACUUUCAGGCUGCCGAGCAGAACCCCUCCCAGGUAUAUUGACAGCCAGCACUGCAAAGUGAUGCAUGACAUCGUCUCGAGCAAACUGUAUGCGGAGCAGUUUGACGCCAUUCAGGAGUGCUUCCGAAAUAUCGGCUUUACCGAAGAGGAGGUCAACUCUGUUUACAGGAUUCUCUCAGCCAUUUUGAACACCGGCAACAUUGAAUUUGCUUCCAUCACGUCCCAACACCAGACUGAUAAGAGUGAAGUCCCUAAUUCAGAGUCCUUAGAUAACGCUGCUUCUCUCCUCUGCAUCGGCCCCGAGGAGCUCCAGGAGGCGCUGACCUCUCAGUGUGUGGUCACCAGGGGCGAGACCAUCAUCCGCACCAACACGGUGGACAAAGCCGCCGACGUCCGGGACGCCAUGUCCAAGGCCUUGUACGGACGCCUCUUCAGCUGGAUAGUCAACCGCAUCAACACCCUGCUGCAGCCCGACAUGAAUAUCUGUGCCGCAGAGAGCGGCAUGAAUGUGGGAAUCCUGGACAUCUUUGGAUUUGAAAACUUCAAGAAGAAUUCGUUUGAGCAAUUGUGUAUCAACAUCGCGAACGAGCAGAUUCAGUUUUACUUCAACCAGCACAUAUUUGCCCUCGAACAGAAACUGAUUAUUCUGAAAGCACAGGACAGACUCUUCCCUCAGGCCACCGACCAGACGUUAGUGGAUAAAUUUGAGGACAACUUGCGCUGCAAGUACUUCUGGAUACCGAAACGUGUGGAGCUUUGUUUUGGGAUUCAGCAUUACGCAGGAAAGGUAAUGUACAACGUCAAUGGUUUUUUGGAGAAGAACAGAGACACUCUUCCUGCGGACAUUGUUGUAGUCCUGAGGACAUCAGAGAACAAACUCCUGCAGCAGCUGUUCUCCAGCCCCUUAACUAAAACAGGAAAUCUGGCGACGUCCAGAGCCAGGGUCACUGCCGCCUCCAGGUCCCUGCCGCCGCGGCUCGGCUCCGGACGCUCCAAGUCUCCCAAAUACCUGUUGAAGAUGGACACCAUGGAGAUGAUGCGUCACCCAGAAGACACCACCAACAUGAGGAGACAGACCGUGGCCUCCUAUUUCCGUUACUCCCUGAUGGACCUGCUGUCCAAGAUGGUGGUGGGUCAGCCACACUUUGUGCGCUGCAUCAAACCCAACGAUGACAGGCGGGCGCUGCGCUUCGGCAAGGAGCGGGUGAUGGUGCAGCUGCGCUACACCGGCAUCCUGGAGACGGUGAACAUCCGUCGGCAAGGCUUCUCCCACCGCAUCCCGUUUGAGGAGUUUGUCAACAGAUAUUACUACCUGGCGUUUCGGGCUCACCAGAUGCCCUCAACCAACAAGGAGAACGUUGUUGCAAUCCUGGAGCGAGCCAAACUGGAAGCCUGGGUGCUCGGGAAGACAAAGGUCUUUCUCAGGUACUACCAUGUGGAGCAGCUCAACCUGCUGCUGAGAGAGGUGAUCGCUCGGGUGGUGGUGAUCCAAGCGUUCACCAAAGGCUGGCUCGGCGCAAGACGUUACCGGAAACAGACGCAGAAGAGAAACCGCGGGGCCGUCGUCAUCCAGUCAGCCUGGAGGGGCCAUGUUGCUCGGAAGAACGUCAAGCAGAUAAAAAAGGAGCGUCAAGAGGCCGCGAUCUGCAUUCAGUCAGCCUACAGGGGCCAUCAGGUGCGUCGGUGCAACGGACGCGGCGAUCCGCCCGAGGCCGGAGGGGAGACCACCGAGGAGGAGCACACGGGGACCAAGUGCAACAAGGAACGCGCGGAUCACACACAUGGAGGAAAUGUUGGCCUUGACAGCCGAGACAGACAGGCGAAAGACAUCAAGAGAGACAAAGGCAGAGCAGAAGACGGUGCAACGAAGCCUUGCCGGGAGACAGCCAGACUGCGAGACGCGCAGUGUAAACAAGGUCCAGUGAUGAAGCUGCAGCAGAGGACUCCUCGCCGGCGGGGCCAGCAGCCCAAGCUGCUCAACAGCCCCGAAGAUAGCCUGUACUACAACCAGCUAAAUAGAACUCUGGAUUACCAGGGGAGCAAGAGGAAGCCGAGAAAACUUGGUCAAAUCAAACUGCUGGAUGGAGAAGAUGAGUACUACAAAUUACUGUCAACCGCCGAGUCAAUCCCCGAGGAGGAGACAGACCGCCCCCCCUCCCGCCCUUUCUAGUGGGCCUCUCGUCAGUCAGAGCUGAGCCUUACAACCAUGUCAGCCGAUUGCCUUUGUCAACUUUGAACAGGAUCCAAACAAAGCUCCGCACUCUGUUGAUAUAUAUUGUAAAUGCAUAUUUAUUUCUAGUAAACAGAAAUUUUAUAUGAGUCAAAUAAAUGGGUUCAAACCACUGA